AUUACAACCGAUAAAAUGCAUGGAAGAAAUGCUGGAUUUAGAAUGGUCGUUCCUACAUGUGCAUUCAAUCACGUGACGUCACCAAGAAAGACUAUACUAUGACGUCGCUAAGGAAUAAUGCUUUGACGUCACAAUUGGCACUCUUAUCAGCUGAUAACAGUGAUUGUUACUGAAGGAGAAUUUCUUUGGAAAUCCCCACAGUUGUAAACCCAAAACAACAGGUCCAUUAGAUAUCUUGGAUAUAAUGGAUCUCGGUAACAAGAAUAUCCCAUGCCUGGGCAUGAUUGAGGAGGAAGAGGAUGAUAUUGAACAGGAACCCACUGCCACUCACGUUUUACAAAGAAGGGAGCUGACCACCAGUUCCACCAUGAUAAUGAUGCACCUUGUACAUGCGCCUGUGGAAAGCAGUUACGAGAGAUUUAGACCGUCGUCCAUUGCUGGUAUUAUGCCUACUAUUUCUGAGGAACUGGAAAAGACCUCACCCAUUCCCUCCAAAACUGGCAUAUCUAGAGAGAGCAUUGAGAUGGAGGCUAGGAGACUCUCUCUAACGGCAAUUCAAAGUGCCUUUUCUGCCGCCGUGCUAGUGUCAGAGGGGGGCUGCCGUGCACGUAAGCCGAAGCGCAACUUUUUCAGAGGAAUUGCAUCCUGCUUCCGAGCAUGCUUCGGGUGUUCUAGGGAUUAAUUUAAAGUUUAUAUAUGUAUAGUACUUUUUUCAAGAAAACAAUUAUAUAUUUUAUAAAGUAUCGACGAGGUCGAGAUUAACUUAUGCUAUAUCCCAGGCUCAGCGUCAGCGUCCCAGUUUAAAGUUUUAGGAACACGUCCAUUCCCAAGUAAA